UUUGUUUUUUUUUUUUUUUUUCCUUGCUCAAGUUUAUUUGUAAAAACAGCAUAGGACACUGGUCAUCUGCAGAUAGUGUGUAGGUAGGUGUGUCCCAGCAGUCCAUCUGUCUUCACACUGGCAGGAGCCUGUUCUAUGGGGCCUUCACAGGGGCCUGGGCACCCUUGGGAGCCUGGGCUGGAGCUUUGGCCUGGGCCUUAGCUGGAGCUUUGGCCUCUGCCUUGGUUUGAACCUUGGGCUUUGGUUGGCAGAGCCUAUGACCCUUGGCCAUGUAGCUUCGAAUCUUCUUCCCAAGCUUGGGGUGAGCGAUGAAAACCAGACGGCUGAGUUUGCGGCUGGAGCCCUUUGGCAUCUUGGGCUUGACGGCCUGAGGCUUCACGAGGGCCUUGAUGGCCUCUGCUCGUGCACUCACGGCCUUGGCAUUGUUGGCCUGCAUCUUCUUCAGGCCUUUCUUGUUGUGCUUCUUGGAACUUGGGUCAACCCCCUUAAGAGAUUCGUAUGUCUGUGACUGGGGUUGCUUGAUGCCAUUUCUGUGCCAUUUGCGGGACUAGUUGGGUGUGGUGUGGUUCUUGGACUUGGCCAUGUCUGCACGGUCCCAGAACUGAUCUCAUGUCUUUCCUGCAGGUGCAGACAUGGCCAAGUCCAAGAACCACACCACACACAACCAGUCCCGCAAAUGGCACAGAAAUGGCAUCAAGAAACCCCGGUCACAAAGAUACGAAUCUCUUAAAGGGGUCGACCCCAAGUUUCUGAGGAACAUGCGCUUUGCCAAGAAGCACAACAAGAAAGGCCUGAAGAAGAUGCAGGCCAACAAUGCCAAGGCAGUGAGUGCACGAGCAGAGGCCAUCAAGGCCCUCGUGAAGCCUCAGGCUGUCAAGCCCAAGAUGCCAAAGGGCUCCAGCCGCAAACUCAGCCGUCUGGCUUUCAUCGCUCACCCCAAGCUUGGGAAGAAGAUUCGAAGCUACAUGGCCAAGGGUCGUAGGCUCUGCCAACCAAAGCCCAAGGUUCAAACCAAGGCAGAGGCCAAAGCUCCAGCUAAGGCCCAGGCCAAAGCUCCAGCCCAGGCUCCCAAGGGUGCCCAGGCCCCUGUGAAGGCCCCAUAGAACAGGCUCCUGCCAGUGUGAAGACAGACAGACUGCUGUGACACACCCACCUACACACUAUCUGCAGAUGACCAGUGUCCUAUGCUGUUUUUACAAAUAAACUUGAGACAAGA